AAUACGCAUAGAGUAAAUUUUUGCUCUGUUCCCAUUUAAUAGAAAGUUUACAACCAAGCAGGAUGAUCUUCAUAUUUUCUGGCCUUAGUCUGUUUUUAUUACACACUUCAGACAGUGUUGUUAUUAACAUAGAAGAAAGCUCCGAUGAUUCUACAAGUUUUUUAGAGUCAAGCGAAGAACGUGAAAGCGAUGUUCUUGUACGGCUUGCAGUAUUGGAAUCUAAAAUAGACAAGAUAUUGAAGUGGGCUGGCUGUCCAAAUGGUUGGGUGACUUUCAAUGAUAAUUGUUACCUAUUUGGUGCAGGAAAACUUUCAUUCAAUGCAGCGAAGCUAUUUUGCACAGAACGAGGUUCUUAUAUGGUUGUCGUGGAAACAAAAGAAGAAAAUGAUUUUCUGAAAAGUUUCAUGAAAACUAUUGAAGGAGUACAGAAUGAGACCUCGUACUGGUCAGGACUGACCGAACAUUCAUCAGGAAAGUGGAUAUGGCAACAAAGAGGCACGGAAGCGACAUUUUUUGACUGGGGUCCAUCUGAACCUCAUCUUCAUCCAAAAGAUGAAGAUUGUGUUUGGUUUGAACAGAUUAAUGGUUAUAGGUGGUCAGAUAUUCAUUGCUAUAGAAAAACAACUCCCUUGUGUGAGAAAAGAAUGAGAAUCAAGAGUUAAACAAGCAUUUUCUUCGACAACACACUGAGGAAAUGUCUUGUGGUAUUGCCUCAUUGAAAGAUAUCUUUAUUGUAUAUAGCGAGAACAAUUUUUAUGAAAAUUGAAAUAAGCAUUAUAACUAUAUUUAUACAUAAUUUAGCCGCUUCUUAACAUUACUUUUAUGACAUGAAUCUAAAUAAUAUUACAGUACUUAUUAAUAACACAUGAAAGUGCAUUUGUCCAAUA